AGAAGGCCAAAAAGAUAUCAGUAGGCUUAAGGUAGGACAAGAGUGUAUUUGGGCUUGUCAACAGGAAGCGCUCCUAAAUUACUUCAACAUUUGAGAACAAAGGGAAAAGAAGCCACCGGAAAACACAGAUGUAUCACCAACACCACCGCUCAAGUGAGCUCUUCACAACGAGGACAUCCUUUCCAAUGGAGCAGCAUAUGUUCCUGCGUGGAGGAAAUGCCCAAGGCGAUUCUGGGCUGGUUCUCUCAACUGAUGCUAAACCAAGGCUGAAAUGGACACCCGAGUUACACCAGCGAUUUGUAGAUGCAGUCAAUCAACUAGGUGGAGCAGAUACUACUCCAAAAACAGUCAUGAGGCUCAUGGGCAUUCCAGGACUCACUUUGUAUCAUCUGAAAAGUCAUCUCCAGAAAUAUAGGCUAAGUAAGAACCUACAAGCUCAAGCGAAUGUCGGUACAACAAAGAAUGCCAUAGGAUGUACAUCCAUAGCUGAUAGGAUGCCUGGAACAAGUGUGCCAACAAUGAGCAGUACAAAUGUCAUUCCACAAGCAGAGAAAACUAUUCAAAUUGGUGAAGCACUUCAGAUGCAAAUUGAGGUCCAGAGGCAGCUAAAUGAACAGCUUGAGGUGCAAAGGCAUCUACAACUACGGAUAGAAGCCCAAGGGAAGUAUCUACAGGCAGUUCUAGAACAGGCACAAGAGACCCUUGGAAAACAGAACUUGGGCCCUGCAAAUCUGGAAGAUGCAAAAAUAAAAAUAUCAGAACUGGUCUCACAAGUAUCAAAUGAAUGCUUCAGCAAUGCAAUUACAGAUAUAAAAGAAAGCUCAAGCGUGCAUAGAUUAGAGCCGCGGCAAAUCCAGUUUGUAGAAAGUUCAACAAAUAGCUAUUUGACUGCAGCUCAAGGAUUCAUCAAGGACCAUAGACUACAGCACCAUGGAGUACUCAAAGCAUAUGAUGAUAGUUCACUAUUUUGCAGAAAAGGAUCUCAUGAAAAUGAGACCCAAUUUGCCCUAAACAGAAGCCUAAGUGAGCGUAGGAUGGCUCAUUUGCACAAUGUGAAAGGGUACAGCAAAGCGGAGUUUGCGUGUAAAAGCGAUACAGAUGUGCCAGCUGGGUACAUUACACCUCAAAAGAAUGGUAGAGGUAGCACCACCAGUUCAGCAUCAGGAAGCAAAGAAGGAGAUGCAGAGAAGCAAUAUCUCGAAGAACCAAACUGCACGAGGCAGGCAGUUGAAUACCCAAGAGAAAGCAAGCUACUAAAUUUUGAGCACCCAGAUUCUGGGAAAAAACUUGAUCUGAACACCCACAAUAUCGAUGAUAAUGAUCAGGCUUACAGACAUUUCGACUUGAAUGGCUUCAGCUGGAGCUGACUGUGUAAAAUUAUCGAAGAGAAGAAAUGAAGUUCAAAAUAAUUUCUACCAACAUUUAUGCCACUGUUGAUAUAUGACCAAAGAACGUACAUUGAAAAAGGAAAGGGUAUUAAGUUAGAGUUUUAGCAUCGGGCACAGAAAUUGGGGUAUUUGCA